ACUAUGUCGGGGAAACUGAAGCAAAAGAGAUUAAUUCUACUGUCCCAAAGAACAGCCCAAAAGCGGAAAAGUGAGUUGAGCAAGAGAAAGAAAAUGUCAGAUCAUGCCCGAGCCAGGUUGAUGAAACAUAACAACAGAAGCAGCACCCCUCCUCUGCACUUACUAUGCCAACUUACCGCAAGAAAUAAAGGAACCAACUCACUUCAGAGAAGGUGCCCUGCACUUUGCAACGUCUGAAACCCUCUCUCAGAGGCACUGCUGAAAGAGCCAUGGAGGAGCAGAGGAGGCCCAGGAAGCUGGGCUCAAGCCGACGAAAGCAGCUGCGAGAUGUGUUCGGUGGUGCAAAGACACCCUCGAUCCCGGAGGAGGAGCCGUUCCCACCUGAAAUAAUGGAAAAGAUUCAGGAAUUCUUCCAGGAAUGCGACAAAGACCAGAAAGGUUUCAUCACACGUGCCGACAUGCAGAAACUGAAGAAGGAGGAUUUCCCAUGCAGCGCAGAGGAGCUGGAGCUGGUCUUUGAUGGUCUCGAUACCAACAGGAAUGGAUAUUUAACUACGGAAGAAUUCACCACAGGGCUCAAACAGUUCCUGAGCUUGCAGACCACAACAAGGCAGCACAGGAGGAGGAAGACAGCUUCCAGGAGGGUGUACAUGUCCCCCAUGGACUACUCCUUGGAGGAAGCAGACAGCGAGGAAAGAAAAUGCUUCAGAGCGUUCAUGGACCAACUGGGAGCAGAAAAUAUCUUUGAAGAUCAGUCAGAGAUUUGGAGGCUGUGGGUGAAGCUCCGUCAAGACGAGCCUCACCUGUUGGGGAACUUGGAGGAGUUCUUGGCCACAAUGACGCACCGGAUCAAGGAAGCUCAGAGGGAAAAGGUGACGUUGGAGCUGACCUUGAACAAACGGGUCACUGAUCACAACCGGGAGGUGCAGAAGCUGUAUGAGGAAAUGGAACAGCAAAUAAACCGGGAGAAGCAGCGCCUGCAGCAUGAGAGUAAAGCAAGAAGUCACCUGCACACCACGGAGGUGCAGAGAGCACUAGACGUUGUGGAUGGGGAAGUGCAGCGCUUGCUGGUGGUUCAAAGUGAGCUCGAGACCCAGUUCCACAGCCUCAGCACCAAGCAGCAUGCUGCCACCAGCGAGAACCAGAGGCUAAAAGAAAACAACCAGGACCUGGAGAACCAGCUGCAGCAAAUUCACAUUCAGCUCCAGGAGACCCAAGGGCAUCUGGGUGCUAUGAGGGGCAGGGUAUCUCAGCCCCACGACAAGGAAGAGAGAGACAAACCAUUGGCUGAGGCGACCUGUGAGAUCCCUCCGCCUUCCCAGGAAACUUUGAACAAGGAUAAAAUGUUCUGCUCUGAAAUGUAUAUUAGACUUGGAUCCCAGCAGAGCGAUGAUACACCAGACAGCUCCCGUCAGCCGGUCCCGUACGGUAUUUCAUUUGGUCCUGAAGCUGAUUUGGGACAGAGGACAAGAGUGAUCUCCAUAGAAGAAGACCCCUUCCCAGAGUUUAUGAAAAAGGGAGAGGCAUUCUUCCAGCAGGAACUUUCAGGCCAAAGCUCUUUGCUCAGUGAACUGAAUGAUGCAAUAGCAGCUCUGAACAAGGUGUCUGAACCACAAGUACCAGGGACAGAUGACCUACUGCAUGGGGAUGCUUCUUUACAGCCAGCCAGACAAGGUGGGGAUUCUGAGCAAAGAAUCAAGCAGGUCAGAGAUUCAGAGCAUCAGGUGCUCUCAAGAAAUGACAAUGAACCUAAGGCCCUGCCUGAGGCACUUUCAGUCCUUUCGACCAGUCAGGCUACAUCCCAAAGAGAGGCUCUUAAACAGGGACCAACUCAAGCAGAACCUCACACACAGGAGGUGAAGCAGGCUUGGGCUUCUGAGCCAGCAACGCAUGAUCUGGCUCAAAAACUCACAAAGAAAGAGGUUGUUUAUGCAGAGGUACAGCCCCCUGCUGUUUCAGAGCCAGCAAUGCAAACCACCAUUCACAAGCAGAACCCGCCAGAGGGAGGUGUUCUCCUGCCAGGUGUAUCGCAGCCUGGCAUUACAGAGCAGGCAGAUGAAAUUCAGAAGUGGGUGUCAAUGAAGAGAGAUGUGGUCCUUGCAGAUGUGUGGUCACCUGCUGUUUCUGAGCAGGCACUGCUGAAGGAAAAGCCUCCAGAAAUGAAAGUGCCAGAGAAGAUAUUUGAGCAGAGAGAGACACCAAAACAGGAGACACCACCAACUUAUUUCCCUCAUGUGGGAGCCCUGCACAAGGCAGGUGUAGAAAAUGAACAAGGAGAAGCCCUUCUCAGAGCUAGCCAGCUGGGGGAUACACUCCAGGCCAAGAUGCAGCCCCAAAGCACUGGGAAACCAGAAGCAACACGGGCAGAAGAAACAAGAGGAGACAUGGAUAUUUUUCAACAAGAGGAUAAGCAAAUUAGCAGUUUGAAAGUGAACGAGGAUGCAAUCCCCAAACUGGGAGGCCAGGGAUACCAAGCUAAUGUGACACCAGAGCAGCCAGGAGGAGCUGCUAAAGGCACCACAGAGACCUGCCCUGAUCCAGACCAUCUUUAUAAUGUGUUGUUUGUGGGGGACUCAAAUGUUGGCAAAACAUCGUUUCUGUACCGGUUACACGAGGAUUCCUUCAACCCAAACCUAACUGCUACUGUAGGAAUGGAUUAUCGGGUCAAAAACCUUUUUGUGGACAACAAGUGCUUUGCUCUACGCCUGUGGGACACGGCUGGCCAAGAAAGGUACCAUAGCAUCACCAAGCAGUUCUUCCGAAAAGCUGACGGAGUGGUGUUGAUGUAUGAUGUCACUUCAGAAUAUUCCUUCGCGGACGUGCGGUACUGGCUGAAUUGUAUCCAGGAAGGAGCAGGAGAUGGCGUUGUCAUCCUUCUACUUGGUAACAAAACAGACUGUGCCGCAGAAAGACAGGUAUCUACUGAAGAGGGUGGACGCUUGGCUAAGGAGUGUGAGCUCUUGUUUUAUGAAUGCAGUGCUGCGUCAGGCGACAAAGUCUCUGAAUCCAUGAUUGACUUCGCCAGAUCACUGAAAGCUCACGAAGACAGAUUAAAAACUGAGGUGAUGGAGGUACCAGCGCCACCAAAGAAGAAAAGAGGUUGUUGCAGAUGACCGAGAAACUCGGUGCUUUGAUCAAAAAAUACAGCCUGAAAGCAUAAGAAUGGCCCUCUCUUAACCUUCAUCUCUGCUCCUCCUGUCUGACUUUACUGAUUCCCCUU